GCGUCCUGUGGAAUUGAAUGUACCCUUAGGGCGGCCAAAUUAGACUAAAUACGGUCUACUCAAGAGUUGGUUUGACGAUUUCCUGUCUUCAAUUGCCGACAACAAUCUACAGCAGUCAAUGGCCAAUACCAUCAGCGGCACAAGCGAAACAAUCCAAUCACCUGUUCCUCCCAUCCAAUCCUGUGGACAACCCGUGGGAAUCCAUCGGACUGUUGAGUUAUUCUCAAGCCAACCGGCAGAAGUGAAAGUGAGAGAAUAGCCUUGGCACUGGUUAUCACUUUCGGACCCCCCCAAAAAUUGCGUCUAUGAACUGUCCAGUUGUUUCACCCACCUCAAGUUAGCUCCCUUCACUACAUAAAUCUGACUUUUGUCACCAACUCCACUCCCUUUAAGCACUAGCAAUGUUAGGACAACAAGGACGACCUCCCAGUCAAAGACAGUUCCAAAACCAAGGGCAAACGCCAAGUCAAGGACCCCAACCCAGCCAGCAAGGGUCACCAAAUCCUAGAGACCUUCAGCUCCCCAAUCAGCUGGAACACCUCUGGGGAGGUUUCGACUUAACUGACGAGCAACGGAGGGAUCGAUAUAUUAGGGAGAUCCGAGCUUUCCAAGAGGCCCAUAACGCCGUCUACAGCGAGCGGACGCGCAAUCCACCUCCACCAUACUACCCAAACCAUUUCGGAGGUCCUAGCGCUCUCCAACGCCCCAACGUCCCCCAAGCCAACACUCCCCAAACCAACCCACAAAGUGCUGCACCUGCCAACAUGGACCCAGAGAGCUCUGACGAGGGCAGUGAUGCCGGAGCUGAGCAGCAACAGGAACAGAAGAACAACGAUACCUUCACCCUCGAUGUUAACUCCUCCCUCCGAGUCCGCGGUCACGGAAGCAUUAUCGGCUUCACGCCCGUCAACCCUGCUGAGGUUGCCCGAGACACUAUUCGGGUGUUAAAUCAGAGCGGUUAUCUCGCAGCCAACCGAAAUGAAGAAGGGCAGAACCAUCGGCCUCGCAACCUCAACAUUAACAUCAACAGUGGGGUCACGGUGGUUGGAGACAAGAAUAUCGUUGGGAGCGGACUCGAGGAAGUAGCGAGACAGGCGCGCGUUCAGAGUGAACGAGGUCAAUUACCGCAGAGGGCGGAUGGACAACCCAAGAGGCAGAUUAUCGACGGUGUGCUACAGCCUCCAGGCGGAAAUGGACAGCAGGCUGAGCCAAUGCAAGGCCAAUGCCAAGGACAAAACAAUGCGCAAGGGCCAAGAGGUCAAGGCCCGGGUCCUCGUCCGGUCGUGGGUUCUGGUCAAGGGCCGUGGCCUCUCGAUCCAAGAAGCCCAACCCGUGCCGCGAGCGCAACGCCAGGUAUUAGUGUUCCACGAGCAAAUCUAACGCAGGAACGGGAUAAUGCUAACAGAAAUGGAGCUCAUUCGAAGUCUGAAAAGCCAAACUAG